GGCGGUCGUCGUUCCUUUGUUUAUUCAAUUCCCGCCAGAUGCCGUGGGAAGUUUCACCCCACGCAGAAAAACCAGCGGGCGCGCGCACCGACCCGGCCGACGAGACGACUCCGGCGACCGCGCACCACAAACCCCCGGCGGCGCCGCCGUAUCGCGCACGAGAAAAAAGCCCACAGGAUCAGGUGCGCCAUUAAAGUCAAGCACCGGAGCCGGAGAGCGCCCUCCCGGCCCGGACGGUACGAGUAGAAUAUAAAGCUCCGGUGAUGCGUGCACACGACGGCCGGCUAGCUGCUGCCGUACGUAGUAGUGUUUCACCAUAUCCACCACACCACGCUCCUGCAACAGACUGCAGCGAUCGAACGACAUGAGGCUCCGCGGCGUGCUGCUCGUCCUGGCGCUCCUCCUGGCCGCCACCGGCGUCGUGCCGGUGCUGCUGCUGGGCGAGGACGGCGGCGACGUCGUCGCGCCGGCGCCGCCGUUCAACUCAUCGCGUGUCAAGGCCGUCUCGUGGCAGCCAAGGAUCUUCGUGUACAAGGGGUUCCUCUCCGACGCCGAGUGCGACCACCUCGUGACUCUGGCGAAGAAGAAGAUCCAAAGGUCCAUGGUGGCGGACAACCAGUCCGGGAAGAGCGUCAUGAGCGAGGUGCGCACCAGCUCCGGCAUGUUCCUCAACAAGCGCCAGGACCCGGUGGUGAGUAGGAUUGAAGAGAGGAUUGCAGCAUGGACAUUCCUUCCUCAAGAGAAUGCUGAGAACAUGCAGAUACUGCGGUACGAGCACGGCCAGAAGUACGAGCCGCACUUCGACUACUUCCACGACAAGAUCAACCAGGUCCGGGGAGGCCACCGCUACGCCACCGUGCUCAUGUACCUUUCCACCGUCGACAAGGGUGGCGAGACCGUGUUCCCCAACGCCAAGGGGUGGGAGUCUCAGCCCAAGGAUGACACUUUCUCCGAGUGUGCACAUCAAGGAUUGGCAGUGAAACCGGUGAAAGGCGACGCCGUGCUCUUCUUCAGCCUCCACGUCGACGGCGUGCCGGACCCGCUGAGCCUCCACGGCAGCUGCCCGGUGAUCCAAGGCGAGAAAUGGUCGGCGCCCAAGUGGAUCCACGUCAGGUCCUACGAGAAUCCCCCGGUAGUCCCCAAGGACACCCGAGGAUGUGCCGACAAGAGCGAGCAUUGCGCGGAGUGGGCUGCGGCGGGCGAGUGCGGGAAGAACCCGGUGUACAUGGUCGGCGCCGAGGGGGCGCCUGGGCAGUGCCGGAAGAGCUGCAAUGUCUGUGAUUCCUAGGCUCUUUUGCAUUUUCUUUGAAAAUGCAGUUUUCAGAUGACUAGUGGCAGUUUUCUUCUAUACUUGAUGUGUACAUAACAUAACUAGAGGAAGUUUUCUUCAGAUGAUGGCAUGAGACAGUUAUUUGAGUUUUCAGACAGUUAACAGUAGUAAAGACAGAUGCCCUCCUUUUCUUAUGUUUUUGAAACAUUAAAAUUUGCAUUUACUGCAAGGGAAGAUGAAGUAAGUUUUGGUGUUUA